UCCCACUCCUUGCUCCCAAGCGGAUUCCCCUCCUCCUUUUCCUUGCACAUGUUGCAGUGUGGAAACGCAAUCCCCACCCCCGGUGACACAAAAGCGAGCCUUGAAAUCGACUCGGAUUGCUGGAUCUUUUCUCCUCUGUUUUUUUUUUUUUGCUCCCCCCUCCCCCUUUCUUCCAGCCAUUACUUGCUGAACUCUCGGGAGAUCUUUAUCAGCCCGUCUGAUCGAUCUGGAGAGAAAUCUGCCUGCACAGAAGAGGCGGCGCGUGUGGGCAGGGGAGGAGAGCAAGAGGCUGGGCAAGGCGCCUCUUCCUCUGGAUCGCCCCCGAACCCUUGCGCAUCCACCAAAACCGGGGAAAGUCCUUGCAGGAAUUAUUUGUUGUUAUUAUUCCGCAGUGUCUUUCCCCAUCCCUUCUCGUUCCUUCCCUGGUUGGUUUCGCUGAAGGCUUCGCUCAGGAAGGCGAAGGAAAAAAGGAGCAAUCGUUUCAAAAAAAUGGUGCAUGACCGAGGCGAUUUUCUGCUGCUUUUUUGGACUGCAAAGUUGACGGCUGGAGAGGAGCGAGCGAUCAACCGGGCUGACUUUUACCUCCUGAGCUCUUGAACAGAAGCCUCGGCUUAUUUUGGCAUCCCCCUCCUUUUCCUCUGGAGGAGAUUGUAUGGGGAGGAUUGUUUGUUGCCUCUGAGUGCAGAACUGAGGGAGAGGGGGAGAUGAUGAGUUAAAAAAAAUCCCUCCCGUUUCCAAAAAAAAAAAGAAAAAAGGAAUUGCUCCCUGCUUUCCAGCUUUGGUGGAAAAGAAGUCCUCCUUUUGUUUGCAAAGUUUUCUUGGCUGGGAAAAGGGGGAGGGGGGUGACGGCGGAGGCGAGAGCCAUGGCGUCGGUUUUCACCAAUGGCCCCUGCCUGCAAAAUGAAGCCGAAGGGGUUCAUCUCUGCAGGAGCCUCGAAGUGGGCACCGUGAUGACUUUGUUUUACUCCAAGAAAUCCCAGAGGCCGGAGAGGAAGACCUUCCAGGUGAAGCUGGAAACCAGACAGAUCAUCUGGAGCAGAGGCUCGGACAAAAUCGAAGGAGCCAUUGAUAUUCGUGAAAUCCAAGAGAUUCGUCUUGGAAGAAACUCCCGAGAUUUUGACAGAUAUCAGGAGGAUCCUUCAUUUCGACCAGACCCGUCUCACUGUUUUGUCAUCCUUUAUGGCAUGGAAUUCAGACUUAAAACUCUCAGCCUUCAAGCCACAUCCGAAGAUGAAGUCAACAUGUGGAUCAAAGGGCUGAACUGGCUUGUGGCGGAUACCUUAAAGGCUCCCACCCCGCUGCAGAUUGAAAGAUGGCUUCGAAAGCAGUUCAACUCUGUCGAUCGCAACAGAGAGGACAGGAUUUCUGCAAAGGAUUUGAAAAACAUGCUUUCUCAAGUCAAUUACCGAGUCCCUAACAUGAGGUUUCUGAGGGAAAGGUUAACAGAUGUGGAACAAAGGAAUGGAGAUAUCACAUAUGGACAAUUUGCACAGUUAUACCAGAGCUUGAUGUUCAGCGCGCAAAAAGGGAUGACGGUACCAUUCUUAGAAAGCAGUAAUGAUAGACCUGAGCUCUGCCGAGUAUCCCUGGUGGGAUUCCAGACAUUUUUAUUAGAAUGCCAAAUGGAACUUUGGGCUACUGAUCUCCUUUUGGUGCAAGAGUUCAUGUUCAACUUCUUGAAGGACCCACUGCGGGAAAUUGAAGAGCCUUAUUUUACCCUGGAUGAGUUUCUCACCUUCCUGUUUUCCAAAGAGAAUAGCAUGUGGAACUCAGAACUCGAUGUUGUUCGUCCAGACGACAUGAACAAUCCCCUUUCCCACUACUGGAUUUCCUCCUCGCAUAACACGUACUUGACAGGAGAUCAGUUCUCCAGUGAAUCUUCAUUGGAAGCUUAUGCUCGUUGCCUGCGCAUGGGAUGCCGUUGCAUUGAACUUGAUUGUUGGGAUGGGCCGGACGGGAUGCCUGUGAUCUAUCAUGGGCACACGCUGACUACAAAGAUCAAGUUUUCUGACGUCUUGGCCACCAUCAAGGAACAUGCUUUUGUGACCUCUGACUAUCCUGUCAUCCUGUCCAUCGAAGAUCACUGCAGCAUUGCUCAACAGAGAAAUAUGGCCCAAAACUUCAAGAAGGUGUUUGGGGACAUGCUGUUGACUAAGCCAGUAGAUAACUCUGCAGAUGGGCUGCCCUCUCCAAACCAACUAAAGAGGAAGAUCCUGAUAAAGCACAAGAAACUGGCUGAGGGCAGCGCUUACGAAGAAGUGCCGACAUCCGCCAUGUAUUCAGAGAACGAUAUCAGCAACUCAAUAAAGAAUGGAAUCCUGUACCUGGAAGAUCCUAUAAAUCACGAUUGGAACCCCCAUUAUUUUGUCCUCACCAGCAGCAAAAUAUACUAUUCUGGAGAGAGAACCAGUGAUCUGGGAAAUGAGGAUGAGGAAGAGCAAAAGGAGGCAAGCAACAGCACUGAACUCCACUCCACUGAAAAGUGGUUCCACGGCAAGCUGGGAGCCGGGCGUGAUGGACGACACAUCGCAGAGAGGCUGCUGACAGAGUACUGCAUAGAGACAGGGGCUCCCGAUGGCUCUUUCCUGGUGCGGGAGAGCGAGACCUUUGUUGGCGACUACACCCUUUCUUUCUGGCGUAACAGGAAAGUGCAGCAUUGCCGGAUCCAUUCCCGGCAGGAUGCCGGCAGCCCCAAGUUCUUCCUCACUGACAAUCUGGUGUUCAACAGCCUCUAUGAGCUCAUCACCCACUACCAGGAAGUGCCGCUCAGAUGCAAUGAAUUCGAGAUGAGGCUGACGGAACCUGUGCCCCAAACUAAUGCACACGAGAGCAAGGAAUGGUACCAUGCUAAUCUCACCCGGCCUUUGGCAGAGCGCAUGCUGAUGAGGGUCCCACGAGAUGGAGCUUUCCUAGUGCGCAAGAGAAGUGAGCCUAACUCUUACGCCAUCUCCUUCAGGGCAGAAGGGAAGAUCAAGCACUGCCGAGUGCAGCAGGAGGGCCAAACGGUCGUCUUGGGUAACUCAGAAUUUGACAGCUUGGUGGAUUUGAUCAGUUACUAUGAGAAGAACCCGCUGUAUCGGAAGAUGAAAUUGAGGUAUCCAAUAAAUGAGGAAACCUUGGAGAAGAUUGGGACGGCGGAACCAGAUUACGGUGCUCUCUACGAAGGACGGAACCCUGGAUUCUAUGUGGAAGCAAACCCCAUGCCAACCUUCAAGUGUGCUGUUAAAGCCUUGUUUGAUUACAAGGCACAGCGGGAGGACGAACUCACUUUCACAAAAAAUGCUGUCAUCCAGAAUGUGGAGAAACAAGAAGGUGGAUGGUGGAGAGGAGAUUAUGGAGGCAAGAAGCAACUGUGGUUUCCAGCUAACUAUGUAGAAGAAAUAGCGAGUCCGACGGGACUGGAGCCAGAGAGAGAACAACAGCUAGAUGAGAACAGUCCUCUGGGAGACCUUCUUGGAGGUGUCCUGGAUGUACCAUCCUGUCAGAUUGCUAUCCGCCCCGAGGGAAAGAACAACCGCAUGUUUGUCUUCUCCAUCAGCAUGGCUUCCAUCUCACGGCGGUCCCUAGAUGUGGCUGCCGACUCGCACGAAGACCUGUUGGACUGGGUGAAGAAAAUCCGUGAGGCAGCGCAGACUGCUGAUGCCAGGCUCUCCGAAGGGAAGAUGAUGGAGAGGAGGAAGAAGAUCGCACUGGAGCUUUCCGAGCUUGUCAUCUACUGUCGCCCUGUUCCCUUUGACGAAGACAAGAUUGGGACAGACAGGGCCUGCUACAGAGACAUGUCCUCUUUCCCUGAAACAAAGGCAGAAAAAUAUGUCAACAAGAUCAAAGGCAAAAAGUUCCUCCAGUACAACCGUCUACAGCUUUCCCGCAUCUACCCCAAAGGACAACGCCUUGACUCCUCCAACUAUGACGCCCUGCCUAUGUGGAUCUGUGGCUGUCAGUUGGUGGCGCUCAACUUCCAAACGCCAGACAAGCCAAUGCAGAUGAAUCAGGCCCUGUUCAUGUCCAGUGGUCGGUGUGGCUUCAUGUUGCAGCCAGCUAACAUGCGGGACGACAACUUCGACCCCUUCGAUAAAAACACCUUGCGUGGGAUGGAGCCCCUUUCCAUCUCCAUUGAGAUCCUUGGGGCACGGCAUCUUCCUAAAAACGGAAGGGGGAUUGUUUGCCCCUUUGUAGAAGUUGAAGUGUCUGGAGCAGAGUAUGACAAUGCAAAGCAGAAGACGGAGAUGGUGGUUGACAACGGCUUGAACCCUGCUUGGUCCCUGAAAACCUUUCAGUUCCACAUCCAUAACCCUGAAUUUGCCUUCCUCCGCUUUGUGGUGUAUGAAGAAGACAUGUUCAGUGACCAGAACUUCUUAGCUCAAGCCACGUUCCUGGUUAAAGGCCUGAAGACAGGCUACCGAGCUGUGCCUUUGAAGAACAACUACAGCGAGGACCUGGAAUUGGCCUCCUUGUUGGUCAAAAUCGAUAUCUUGCCGGCCAAGCAGGAGAAUGGAGAAAUUAGCCCCUUUGGGGCUUCAGCCUUCCGAGAGAGGUCAGGCGACUCUGCAAAUCAGCUUGGGGCAAGCCGAGGCAGAGAAGGCUCCUUGGAGACUCACUAUCAACAGCCGUUUGAGGACUUCCAGCUGUCACAGGAGCAGUUAGCAGACCACUUUGAUAACCGAGAUCGAAGGGUACUGCGAAGGACCAGGGUGAAUGGGGAUAACCGCCUCUAGCCCAAUUCAGCCAGCUGUAAAGCACCCCCAGUGCUUAUGAUUCUCACGGAUUGCUGUGAACUGGUUUCUAUGGAAACGGCACUGCUUUGGCCUACUUUCAGGCAGCUUUUCCGGUUUCUCUUCUGAAGGGUGUUCAAGUGGUGAAUUUUUUUUUAAAAAAAGGAUCAAACCAUGAAACAAUGGUUAAGUGUCUUGACCGCAUCGUAAUGAAACAAACUUUAAAACAGACAUGCCUGUCUUGUUAACCCCUGGACGCAACUGCGUAUCGUCAAAUCCCUCCUUCCCCUCGACUACGACUACAAGAGAGGAGACUACCUCAGAGCUCCCCAAGUGUCCAGAUGUUUUUGUAACACAAAAUGCCUUUCUUCGUUGUGCAAAAGACUUUUAAAAAGAGCAUCCUUCAUAUCGUCAUCUCCAAGGCGAAAGGAACAUUCGUGUCUUCUGUUUUGUCAUACCGCACGUGCCCAGUGGGUUCAGCUAGCCCACUUUUUGUGACUACAUCCAGCAACGCAAGCUCCCUGAGGCUUCCUCUGCAAGAGCAAGGGGGGAAGAGUCAGUAUUAAGCAUGCAUCUUCUCUUGAUUAGAGGCCAUUUGGGGUUAGUAAUUUUAAGUGCAAAAAGAUUUGCGGGGGGCGGAGGGGGAGGGAGAGAGGCUGUAGGACCACUAGUUCCUCUCCAGCACCUCCUCCUUUUGAGUGAACUCAGCCAUGACCAUUGUGAAGCUGUGUUAUCUCAAAUACUGCAGUCCACUGUAUAGAUAUGACAACUGAGAUAUUUGUGGGGGGCGGGGGAGGGGAAUACAGGGUAGGGAAGGGAACACCUGAGCCAAAGCCAGCUCUGCAGGGAAUGGAGCUCUUGCCACUGAAGUCGACUUGCUUACUUUUCAAAGUUGAAUUUCAGCUCCCACUCUGGCAGCAAAACAAUAGCGCCGCUGGGUGCAGCCGGUUCAUCAGCAGCUGUGGACUGUCAAGGCCAGUACGCCUCAAGGUGGGCACUAUUGAUCUGCUCACAUUUCCAAGCCAACCCGCCUGCCCAGUCUGAGACGACUGUUAUGGCUGAUUUUGGGAAGAAGACAUUUACACGUGGCUAGACCACCUUGCCUCUUCUGAGUAAUCGUCUGCCAGCAGUUACGACAUGGGGCAUUUCUAUCCUGAUCCUGGGGGGACCAGCAGGAACAACUCGUGCAGUUUCUGAUUGGCACAGUGAUGCUACCCCAAGGCCAGAACUUAAUAUUUAUUUAGGCUGCCAAACGGGGGGGGGGGGGGGGUUCAUUCCAGUCUCCCAACAGUAAGCACCAAUGUACACUGCAGUAUUUACUAUAUGUGUUUGUCUGACUUUUAAGAGGACUUUGGUUCUGCCUAACUAUUAUGGAUUGUGAUCAGAUGGCUGUUUGGGGGAGGGGGAUAGAUCAGACAAACCAAUUAAAUUCACAAGUUAACUUGUA